CGGUGUGACGUCAUAAGGCUGCGCGCUCUCACGCGUCUGUGAUUCGGCUGAAGAAAGAUAAACUGAGGUCCAUGUGACACUUUUAUAAAGAUGGAGUUUAUUAAAGAGGAGAGUGAAGAUGUGAAGAUUGAAGACACAUUCAGAGUCAAACAUGAAGAGACUGAGACACACAAUAUUAUAAAGAUGGAGUUUAUUAAAGAGGAGAGAGAAGAAAUGAAGAUCGAAGACACAUUCAGAGUCAAACAUGAAGAGACUGAGGAACAAACAGACCUGAUGGCACUGAAAGAUGAGAGUCAAGGACUGAAUGAAACGGAAGAGAAAGAUCAAAAUGAGAAACAUCAUGAUUUCAAAACUGAAGAAAAAUCAAUUAGAUGUUCACAGACUGAAAAGACUCAGAAAAUACAAACUAAAACCCUUAAUUCCAACAUAAUUCAUAUUGGAGAGAAACCUUACACUUGCAAAAUGUGUGGAAAGUGUUUUACACGGAAAGAUCACCUUAAUGUCCACAUGAGUAUUCACACUGGAGAGAAACCUUACACCUGCAAACUGUGUGGAAAGUGUUUUACACGGAAACAUACCCUUAAUGUCCACAUGAGAAUUCACACUGGAGAGAAACCUUACACCUGCAAAAUGUGUGGAAAGUGUUUUACACGGAAAGAGCACCUUAAUGUCCACAAGAGAAUUCACAGUGAAGAGAAACCAUUCAUAUGCCCUCAGUGUGGAAAGAGAUUUACAAAGAUAUAUGGCCUUAAUGUCCACAAGAGAAUACACACUGGAGAGAAACCUUACACUUGCAAAGUGUGUGGAAAGUGUUUUACACGGAAACAUACCCUUAAUGUCCACAUGAAUAUUCACACGGGAAAGAAACCUUACACCUGUGAGCUGUGUGGAAAGUGUUUUACACGAAAAGAGCACCUUAAUGUCCACAAGAGAAUUCACAGUGAAGAGAAACCAUUCAUAUGCCCUCAGUGUGGAAAGAGAUUUACAAAGAUAUAUGGCCUUAAUGUCCACAAGAGAAUUCACACUGGAGAGAAACCUUACACUUGCAAAGUGUGUGGAAAGUGUUUUACACGGAAACAUACCCUUAAUGUCCACAUGAAUAUUCACACGGGAAAGAAACCUUACACCUGUGAGCUGUGUGGAAAGUGUUUUACACGAAAAGAGCACCUUAAUGUCCACAAGAGAAUUCACAGUGAAGAGAAACCAUUCAUAUGCCCUCAGUGUGGAAAGAGAUUUACAAAGAUAUAUGGCCUUAAUGUCCACAAGAGAAUUCACACUGGAGAGAAACCUUACACUUGCAAAGUGUGUGGAAAGUGUUUUACACAUAAAAAUAGCCUUAAUGGCCACAUGAGAAUUCACACUGGUGAGAAACCUUACACCUGUGAGCUGUGUGGAAAGUGUUUUACACGGAAAGAUCACCUUAACCCUCUGAAGUCCAUUAACGCAUAUAUGCGUUUUGAGUCAUUUUCUCCGGAUAACCCCGAAAAGAACUUAAAUUACACUCUCAGUUUUAAUCGUACAGAUAAGAGCAAUACAUCAAUCGAAUCUGUAAAGGGUCUACUUUUUUUUGGAUACAGACAUAAUAACAAAACACCUUUGUGCACUUAUAAAAUAAAGAUAACAAACAAGGUAUGCUGUCUGCAGUGUUUGUCUCCGCUGAUGGUCAUGUACAAACAUGUCAUUAAAAUGAACUGUAACUCCGUGAAUACUCAACGAAGAGACAUGAGAGAGAAACCAGUAGUCCACAGCUGGAACCUCCGGGGGCUCUUCUGUCCAGGGGAUGAGCGGGGUCUGGUAUCCAGGUAUGCACUGGAAAGGUCGUAUUGGCAGUAUGACCUGAGGUAA